AAAAGAAAUGAAUGUCAGAGAGGAUUUGUUUAAUCAUUUAACAGCUGACACAAACCAUGUCCCUAACAAAACGUUGGUGAAAAAGUGGUGAAGAAGAUUUCUGGGAUACAGCAGCGCCAGUACUGUGAAGCUGCUUCUGCAGGUCAGGAGCAGCAUUUGCUGGAGGAUGCCAUAGCCCAGGAGGUGACGCUCGUGAGGACGAGGUCGAUGGCUUGCAUGGAGCUUCUCUACCUGGCCGAGGAGAGCAGACAGGUGCCCCUGGUCACCGCUACUGGCUGGAGCCUGCCUCCCCAUCCCUACGAGCAGCAGCAGUGUGAGGGGGGUGAGGUGGACCCCAGAGCAGCCACUGCUGUGGCAGCCCUGCACUGUGAACGGCACUGCAAGCCCUUGCAGAGGGGUCGUGUGGCUGAGCCCCCCCUGGCACCCCAGCCCUCCUCCCUGGGCAGCUCGCCCCAGGAGCACCCUGCCCUCUCCAGCACGUCCCAGCCCUGCCACCCAGCCGAGUGCUUGCCUGGGGAAGAGGAUGGAGGGAAGAAGAAAGCCUGCUGCUGUGCCCAGGAACUUGAGACAUCGUUCACCUAUGUGGAUGAAAAUGUAAAUCUGGAGCAUGCAAGAAGUCCCCCCAGUCCUACAGGUGGCCAGGAUGCUCCUCUGCAGCAUCAUUCCUGCAGGGAGCUGCCACCUGAAUGGGCGCACGAUUCUCCUUCCUUGGUCUCCGAGGAGGAUGAUGCUGCCUCGGAGGCAGCAGCUGGGAAAUCUGUUGACUAUGGAUUCAUUAGUGCCAUUUUGUUCCUGGUUAGUGGCAUUUUGCUGGUGAUAAUUUCCUACGUGGUACCCAGAGAUGUGACUGUGGAUCCCAACACUGUGGCUGCCCGGGAGAUGGAGAGGCUGGAGAUCGAGAGCGCAAGGAUCGGUGCUCACUUGGACCGCUGUGUUAUCGCUGGGCUGUGUCUCUUAACCCUGGGGGGCGUGGUGCUCUCCAGCCUGCUGAUGAUGUCCAUGUGGAAAGGGGAGCUGUACCGGAGGAGCAGGUUUGCAUCCUCCAAGGAGUCUGCCAAGCUGUAUGGAUCUUUCAAUUUUAGAAUGAAGUCUGGAGCAAAUGAUAAUAUGCUCGAGCUGUCGUUAGUUGAGGAAGAUGUGCUUGCCAUAGAUAAUUAGUGUGGUCAUGAUUUUUAAGGCAGCAUUUCUACAGGAAAAUAUGUUUCAUUAAAGAAAGCAGAUGCAGCUAAAGAUAGCUGGUGAUGCAGUUUAUUUGUCUGACAAGAAUGGUGUUAUCUUAAGCGCUAUAAUCAAAUGUUUGCAAUAUAUGAGUACUUGUUGUAAAGGGGAACUGUGCCAGAUGAAAUGCAAAUGAUAUAAAAUAAUGAAAACCACUGAAUAAAAAGAGACUUAUGAUAA